CCAUGUUUUAAAAAUUGGUUUUGAAAUUUGAUCAACAAAUGUCAUAAUUCCCCAACAUCUCAGACUGCUCUGAAAAAUGGCAGGAAAAGAACCAAGGGGAACUGGAACCCUCACUAUAGAGACUGUCAAAGUAUUUGCUGAAUCUAUUGGAAUCGCAAGUCUCCCUGAUAAUGCCGCUCAGUUGCUUGCAAAUGAUGCCACCUAUAGGCUGCAACAGCUAGCUCAAGAGGCAGCAAAGUUCAUGCGACAUGGGAAACGAAAAGCUAUGAGUACUGUUGAUUUUGAUCAUGCCCUGAAAGUCCAGAAUGUCGAGCCUGUGUAUGGCUUCAAAGCCAAAGAUUACAUUCCUCUACGUCAUGCUAGUGGGGGAGGCAGAGAACUUCACUUCCAAGAGGAAAAGGAACUUGAUUUACACGAAAUUGUUAACUCGCAGGUUCCUAAAAUCCCACUUGAUGUUGUAUUAAAGUCUCAUUGGCUGUCGAUUGAUGGCAUACAGCCCAGUGUGCCAGAGAAUCCAGUUCCCGUACCGAAACACCAACAACAAGAAGAAAGUGUUGAUCCAAAAUCAUCUCUCAAAAUAACUAAACCUCGUAUGUCAGCAGAUCCAACAAAAACAAAGCAUAAGUUGCAUGGUCCAGAGAUGGUAAAACUAAAGCCCGUUGCCAUGCAUGAGUUGUCAGUGGAGCAGCAGUUGUAUUACAAAGAAAUCACUGAAGCGUGUGUUGGUUCUGAUGAAGCCCGAAGAUCUGAGGCCCUGCAAAGUCUUGCAAGUGACCCUGGUCUGCAUCAGAUGCUUCCUAGGUUCACUACCUUUAUAGCUGAGGGUGUGAAAGUCAAUGUGGUUCAAAAUAACCUUGCAUUACUCAUUUAUCUCAUGCGCAUGGUGAAGUCAUUAAUGGACAAUACUUCUAUAUACCUUGAGAAAUACCUGCAUGAAAUGAUACCUGCUUUAAUGACUUGUAUCGUAUCGAAACAGUUAUGUAUGCGACCUGAUGUUGACAAUCACUGGGCAUUACGUGACUUCGCCGCCAGACUGAUGUCCCAGUUAUGUAAGAACUAUAGUAGUUUGACCAACAACAUCCAAACUCGUGUAACACAAACAUUUAGUAAGGCAUUGUCAAGUGAUAAAGCCCCACUUGCUACCCACUAUGGAGCUAUAUCAGGCUUGGGGGAGAUGGGCACAGAGGUGAUAAAAUCAUUUCUCUUACCUUUGGUUAAGGCAGAAGGUGAGAGAAUACAGAGCACAGCCGCAGCACCAACUCGGACAAAUGUCGACAGAAUAUCUUCAGACCAUGUGCGUAAUAUCUUACUCAAGGUGGUUGCCCCAGCUUUGAAACAAACACGUACACCACCUGAUAACAUAGAUGACUAUAAAGAAGAAUUUGGUGCCUAUAUGGGGCAGCUUCUUCAUGCCGCUGUAACUAAGGCAAGGCAGGUUCUUCCAGUGUCCUCAACUGGCCCACGUACUCCACAACCCCAGGCCCGUCCAAACUCCAGCGUUGUACUCAAUGCACAAGGUAUACAAGGGAGAGUGACCCAAACAACUCCAGGGCAGAAAUUUGUUCUUGUGUCAUCCAGGGCUGGUGCGAGUACUCCAACCUCAAGCCUCAGUUCAAGUAUGAAUCGCUCAGUUGUAAAGCUUGUUGGUGGAGAAUCAUCCACACCUAUAUCUGCCAAGCCAAAGAUUGUUGUAGUGACCAUGUCACAGGGUACUCCACCGGGCACUGCUCAGAUACGUACUAUUUCAGCCUCCCAUGACCUUGGGGUCAGAAGUGUCUUCAGUGGGGAUUAUGUGAAACAAGAACAAGACUAAUUCAAUUUUAAUUAAUGAAAUUUCAAUUUUGCAAAGUGACCUACUUUUGUUAACAUUUCUAUGUUUAUGCUUUAUAUGUAUAGGGUGGGCCGAAAAUUGCCCCCAUAGAUUAAUCAAAUAAUUAUAAUUUAGGCACUUUCACUACAGCAUACUGGUAUGUACUAUAUACCCUUGGAAAGAAAAUUUAAUUUCCAAUGAUUUGACAUAUUAUUCAGCAAGAUUGUGUCACUAAAGCAAUUUUCAUAUGAACUUUAUGACAUUGGUUAUCAUUUUUUCAGUUUCUGAUAUUUUACAAUAGAAGUAUAGAGAUAGUAUAUAUUCAAAUCUAUCAUUUAGAUAAUCCAGAUGUAACAAAAUAAGUUUUUCCAAAUGAAAAACAGAUUUUCUAAUAAUCACCACAAAAU